AUGAGCAAAAUUUCAAAGGAAGCUUUUGAAUAUCUAAAUAUGCUUCGUAAAGAUCCAAAGUUGGGGAUCCCUAAAUUAUAAGAACUUUUGAAGUAUUUUAAAGGGAAAAGUUUUUAUAAACCAGGAGAAAUAGUAUUAUUAACAAAUGAAGGUGAUUUAGCUGUUAAAGGUAUAGAUAAAAUUGAAUAUGAUUUAAGAAUGUAUAGAAUUUCUAAAUAAUCAGAAAGGUGUUGGUGAAUUAAAGUGGAGUAAAGGAUUAGAAUCUGCAGCAAGAGAUCAUGUUAAAGAUAUAGGAUCUAAAGGUUUAAUAGGUCAUAAUGGUUCAGAUGGAUCAUCUAUGAGUGAUAGAAUUGAGAGAUAUGGUGAAUGGGAUAAAUCAAUAUGUGAAAAUAUUAGUUUUGGUUAAAAAACAGGAGAAGAUGGUAUAUAAUAUUAAUAUUAAAAUAUUAUAGUAAUAAUACAAUUAAUUAUUGAUGAUGGUGUUUCAUCAAGAGGACAUAGAAAAAAUUGUUUUAAAUCUGAAAUUGGUUUUGUAGGAAUUUAUGAUGGUUAACAUAAACAAUAUAAAAAUGUUUGCGUAAUGGAUUUUGCAGGUGAAUAUUAGGAGAAUAAUCAAAUAGAAAAUGAAGAUAAAGAUAAUAUUCAAAAAUAAUAAUAAAAGGAUUCUGAUUCUAAUAUUUAAUCUAAAUAAUAGAAGAGUACUCUUAAAGAUUAAUUAAAAUAUUCAUCUACAAAUAUUUCUAUUGAAGCAUUUGAAUAUUUGAAUUAAGUUAGAUAAGAUCCUAAAAGAGCCAUUUCUUAAAUUAAAGAAUUAAUUACAUAUUUUAAAGGAUUUGUUCUUUAUAAACCUGGUGAAAUACCAUUAUAAACAAAUGAAGGUCCUUAAGCUUUAUAAGGUAUUAUUUUUUAAACAUUUUAGAAUUAAUUUAGUAUUUAGAAUAGUAACAACCAUAACCACUUUUAACAUUUGAAAGAGGUUUGGAAUAAGCUUGCAUUGAUCAUAUUAAUGAUAUAGGACCAAAAGGUAUAUGUGGUCAUGAAGGAUCUAAAGGAUAGACACUUAUUAAUAGAAUUCAAAAAUAUGGAUAAUUUAAUGGACUUGUAGGAGAAAAUAUUAGUUUUGGAUAAAAAACAGGACAAGAUGUUAUUUUAUAAUUAUUAAUUGAUGAUGGAGUAUCUUCAAGAGGACAUCGUUAAAAUUGUUUUAAUUCACAAUUUACUAUGGUUGGAAUUGCAUCUGGUAAUCAUUCAUAAUAUGAAACUCUCUGUGUACUUGAUUUUGCAAAAGAUUUUAAACCUUAUGGUGCUGAAAAAGAGUAAAAACAUCUUGAAAAACUUGGACCUGCUGAAGAAAAUGAAAGUUAUUUAUUAUUCUAUACAUUUAGUAACUUAUUAUCCACCUCAAUCUAUUUCUACACACACUGAAAAAAAAAUCAGUAUUUUAAAUGGAUAUACUAUUAUACAGAUUACCAAAACCUAUAGUUUUAAAGAUGGUUCUACUAAUACUGCAAUAUAAACAGUAACAGAUGAUUGA